CCUCUCUGCUGGGCUCUGCCUGAGGCGGCGCUGCCCGGGAUUCCUGGACCAUCUCAGCUGCUUGUGGAGCCCCCGGGAGAGUCUGGCUUCCCACGGAGCCUGGAGAGGAGCUGUGGGGACGGAGGCCGGUGCCCUGAAGGCUUAAGUGCUUGCUUCCCAGAGCCCUGCCUUGUGUCAAAGAGAAGAAGAGAGCAAUGACCAAGUCACAGGAGGCGGUGACGUUCAUGGACGUGGCCGUGGUCUUCAGUGAGGAGGAGCUGGGGCUGCUGGAUGCUGCCCAGAGGAAGCUGUACCAUGACGUGAUGACAGACACCUUCAACAACCUUCUGUCCGUGGGAAGCCAGAGUCCAGACAAGAUGGAGACUCUUCACAAAACAGGAUUUAGGUCAGUUUCGCUGCGGCGGCCUCCAUGCUGGCAAAUGACAAGACAUGCCGUCAUCAGACUGGCCAGAACUCGAGAAGCUGAAAUAAACACUCAAGGAAAGGGUCCUCACUUCCUGGAGCAGUGCCAUCCCUCCUCCCACACGGGAGCAGAAGAGACUCCCCAGGCCUCUGAGGGUGAUGGCUGUCCUGAGAGUCGCACAAGAGACCCUUCCAGCAAUACUGAAAGUCGGGAAUUUCUCUCUGGGAGAGCUCAGAGUUCUCGGAGUAAAACGCAUCUUGGCAAGAGACAGAACCAUCAGAAACAGUGUCCGCAGCCUCCAGUGACAAGCAAGCCACAUUUGUUGGCUCCGGGUGUUGACGUUCUGACUUGCAUGUCCCAAAAUAAUAAUAAUGUGCUACAUAAAAGAGACAAAGCCCAAAGCAGAGGUGACUGUGGUAAAGUCAUCUUUUCCACCUCACCCCUCACCGGACAUCGUGUGGGCACAGAAAGGAAGGCCUCCCAGUGCAGCCAGGGCCAGGAAACUGUAACCGACAGCCGCGGUCUGGAACGCCAUCAGCGGGUCAGCUUAGGAAAGGAGUCCCCUGUACCUAGCACACACAGGGACACUAGGCGUAGCUCCAGUGUCCCCACUCAUCCAGGAAAAAAGCGCUACUGGUGUCAGGACUGUGGCAAGGGUUUCUCUUACAGAUCAACCUUCCAGGCUCACCGGAGAGUGCACACGGGGGAGAAGUCCUUCUGGUGUGACAGCUGCGGGAAAGGCUUCAGCCGCAGCUCCAACCUCAAAAUCCACCGCCGAGUGCACACCGGAGAGAAGCCUUACGAGUGUGAGGUGUGUGGGAAGGGCUUCAGAGCAUGCCAAUACCUCCAGGUCCACCGGAGAACCCACACGGGGGAGAAGCCGUACAAGUGCGGAGGCUGCGGCAAAGGCUUCAGCUGUUACUCGGGGCUUUACAACCACCAGAGAGUCCACACUGCGGAGAAACCACACAAGUGUGACCAGUGUGGAAGGCGCUUCAGCACAAAUUUCAACCUCACCCACCACCAGUGGGUGCACACAGGAGAGAGGCCACAUAAAUGCGGAGAGUGUGGGAAGGGUUUCACCGCAGUCACAAGUCUGCGAAAGCACCAGAGGGUCCACACAGCAAAGAAGCCAUUUUGCUGCAGUGUCUGUGGGAAAUGCUUCAGUUGGAGCUUAAGUUUUCAAAAGCACCAGAGCAUGCACGCUGGGGAAAAGUCGUACAGGUGCGACGUGUGUGGGAAAGGCUUCACCUGGAGCGUGAAUCUUCACAAUCACCAGAGAGUCCACGCUGGACAGAAACCCUUCACAUGCAAGGAGUGCGGGAAAGGCUUCGCGGACGACAAAACUCUGCAGACUCAUCAGAAAGGCCACGCGGGAGAGAAGCCGUUCAAAUGCACAGCAUGCCCAAAGCAGUUCAUUCAGGCCGCACAACUCCUGUCCCACCAGAGGGUGCACACGGGGGAGAAGCCCUACAAGUGUGACACGUGUGGGAAAGCCUUUGGAUGGAGGUACAGUCUCCAAGUCCAUCUGAUAGUUCACACUGGGGAGAAGCCCUACAAGUGUGAGGAGUGUGGGAAGGAGUUCAGGUGGAGCUCGACACUUACUACUCACAAGAGAAUCCACACGGGAGAGAGACCCUACACGUGUCAGCGGUGUGGGAAGGGCUUCCGUCAGGCCUCGUCCUACCAUGCACACCAGAGCACCCACACCGGGGAGAAGCCCUUCGUCUGCAGCAUCUGCUACAAGGGCUUUGUACAAAAAUCGUGUCUUGUCAACCACCAGAGGCUCCACACGGCAGGGAAUUGCUAGGUGUGUUCCGAAGUCA